AUGAUCCCCGAAUGUCCACGCGCCGGGGACUCGAGGAGCCGGAGCCGCUGCCAGCACGGCCCGGCAGCCGAACCGAGCCAGGCCCGCAGCGUCGGCGGCUUGUUGUCCCAGAUCAAGACCGACGUCAACAACGAGCCGUUCACCGACCACUACACCAUCAUCCCCGGCAAAGAGCUCGGAAGGGGGAAGUUCGCUGUGGUCAGAAAGUGUGUGGAGAAAUGCUCAGGCCACGAGUAUGCAGCAAAGUUCAUGAGGAAGCGACGGAAAGGCCAGGACUGCCGGAUGGAGAUCAUCCAUGAGAUCGCAGUGCUCGAGUUGGCCACAGCCAGCACCCGUGUGGUCAACCUCCACCAAGUCUAUGAGAUGGCUUCUGAGAUGGUGCUCGUCCUGGAGUUUGCGGCUGGAGGUGAGAUCUUCAACCAGUGUGUGUCAGACCGGGAGGAUGAGGCCUUCAGUGAGGAAGACGUGAAGAGGCUCAUGAGGCAGAUUCUGGAGGGAGUCUCCUUCCUCCACCAGAACAACAUAGUCCACCUCGACCUGAAGCCUCAGAACAUCCUGCUGACCAGCAGCUCUCCUCUGGGUGACAUUAAGAUUGUGGACUUUGGUCUGUCCAGGAUGGUCAGCAGCCACCAGGAGCUCAGAGAGAUAAUGGGAACUCCGGAGUAUGUUGCUCCUGAGAUUCUUAAUUAUGAGCCCAUAAGCACAGCAACAGAUAUGUGGAGUAUUGGUGUUUUGGCCUACGUGAUGCUGACAGGAAUCUCUCCGUUCCUGGGCGAGGACAAGCAGGAGACGUUUCUCAACAUUUCCCAGCUCAAUGUGAGCUACACCGAGGAGGAGCUGCAGCAGCUGGACCGGGCCGCCCUGUCCUUCAUCCAGACGCUGCUCCGCAAACAGCCACAGGAUCGGGCCACAGCGGAGCAGUGUCUCCAACACCCCUGGCUUCUGCCCGCAGAGCCUCAGGAAACCCAGACGGUGGACGAGAUCCUCCCAGUGGAGGAUCGGGAGGCAUCCAGCUCCACCAGCAGCUCCACCAGUAGCCCUGAACCUCCCAGCAGCACGACCACAGGUGAGGAGGAGGAGGAAGAGGAGGAGGGGGAAGGCCCGGUGACGGAGGAGCUGAUAGUCAUGGCUGCCUACACCCUGGGUCAGUGCCGCCAGUCCUCCACCUCCACCUCAGAGAAGGAGGCCCUGGCUGCCAAGCAGAAGGCCAUCUCCAAACGCUUCAAGUUUGAGGAGCCGUUCAGUGCCCUGCAGGAGGUCCCUGGAGAGUUCAUCUACUGA